AUGGCUGGCAUGGAUCUGGGGGAGUUCACCCUGUUCCGCCCGGACGCAAUACUCCAGCGUAGGGAUAUCAGGACAACGUUCUCUAGCUGGGAUAAUUGCAUGGCCAAGUCAUACUGCAAGCGGCCUCAUAUUGAUUGGGGCACUCUGGAGCAUAAUCGCGUGCGCCUGCUGCGGCUACACAUGUUGUAA